UUUGCACUACCAAUAGCAUUGUAGAGCUAGAAAUGGUUUGAUGUAACGAUUUUUUUCUACGUUGGAAUAGUAUUUAAUAUUGUAAAAAUGCAGCGGCUAUUGCGAUGCAUUGCCGUGUGGACAGAGGGCUCAACCACUGAUGCAUGUGUGUGAGUGUGCCGUUGUACAGGGAAGAAAGCUUCAGUUGGUACGCUCACAUUCAUCUAACGGCGCUGCUAGCGCUGCGCGUGCGAAAGACACACACUCACUGUUUUAUCGUGUCCACGCGCCCGGGCACCAUUUUGUUUUCAGUGUGAACAGCAUUUUCCCGGUGAUAUUUCUCCAGUUUAAGGCUCUCUUGGCGUGUUCGCUUUCUGUAUCGCUCUUACGGAAAUUUAAAGCAAAUCCAAUUCAAAUAUGCCAGACUGGAGAGAACGUGAUGAUUCCGACCGCGGCUAUGGCGGAGGUGGCGGCGGUGGUGAUAGCUACAGCUAUGACCGAGAACGCCGGGACUACCGUAGCGACCGUGGCGGAUACGAUCGUAAUGGCGGUGGUGGCGGAGGAUACCGUUCGGGCGGUUACGGUGGUCGCCGUGAUGACGAUGGUGGUUACCGCGGUGGUGGCGGUGGCGGUGGCUACCGUGGAAAUGGAGGCGGUGGUGGUGGUGGUGGCAGCCGUGGCCCGCCGAGGAUUGACCCGGCGACGGCAAAGACCGAGGUGUUUGAAGUCGAAGCCGACAAGGUUAAGUUCAUUAUUGGUCGCGGCGGUAACAAGAUCCGUGAAAUCCAGGACCGUUGCCGUGUGUCGGUGCAGAUUGACAAGGCUCGCAACGAGAACGGCGCCAAUAAUGUGUCAGUCAUGGGUGAUCAGCUGAACAUUGAUCGUGCACGGGAUAUGAUCAAUACCAUCAUUAACGAUGAUCGGCGAGACCGCGAGGAGGACCGGCGGCGUGACGGUGUUUCCAUGGCAUUCUAAGGUGCAUCUCGGGAACGAUGUUUCAAUGAUGUCCACUACGGCGGCGGCGGCGGUGGUGAUCAGCCCACGUACGACGACGUGCGAUUGAAGUGAAGCAGCUGUGGAAGAAUGUAAAGAAGAGAGGAAAAGUAUGCAAAAGAGAAGGAGUGAGCUGCAGUUCGUAAACAUAUAUAAACAAUACAAAACAGAUCAACGUAUGGCAGAAGAAAACAAGUCAAACCGAAUGCGAAAGAAGUCGCGGAAAUCAGCAAGAGAACGAUUCAAUCAAUAAUCCCGGCGCGAUAGCCGUGUGUUCCCCCGGCAAGAAAGAUAAAGUACAAGAUUUUUCUUCUAUUGCAGCAAAGUGAACCGUUUUGAUUUCUACCCUCAAAACGGAUUAUUAAGUAAGAAAAAGCAAAACAAAAAAAUGUAAGCAGCCGUGAAAGCGUUAUUCGUUACAAGUGAAACAUUAAUGCAAAGAUUCCAAUGAGGAGAGGCGUGCAGCAGAGGAAAACAAAGAUCGCAACAAAAAAACACAAGAAAAGAAUCCAUCCCUCUCUCCCCGGUAGUAACGUUUUUAGAGUAUGGACAGGAGAUCUCAAUCUUGCGACGUAGCGGAAAAAAGCGCAGUUCCAUUGCAUUUCUAUUUGUGUCCGGCGAACAGCGAACAGGUAGGGCAGACGAUGCGUGUACAUGUGUGUGUAGGUGCAUUUGAUUGAUUAGAAGGAACAUUAGAUAAGCUUCAAACACACACACACAAACACUCAGAGAGCGAGAAAGAGAGGGCAGAAAAAGUAAGUGUAGUAUAUGCGCGUCGCCGCAGCAUGCGAUGACGAUCUGGAUAAACACUGAGAUUGUACAGUUUAUCUCUACGUAUUUGCUUAUCUUUUAACUAUCGGACGCUCCUCUCGAAUCGUGUGUCGUAUCCUUUAUCGUGUACAUUUGACGAGACUGAUUCCAUUUGUUUUUUUUUAUAAUUUAAUAUUGUGCUAAUCGUGAGUAGGUGAGCGCCUCUUUUCCUUUUUAUGAUUUUUCUCUUCAGAGGCCUCCACAAAAUAGUAAGCGUUGAUGAUAUUCCCUCAACCAAGUUUUCCAUUCGUUCCUCUCUGAUUAAUUAUUACGUACGUAUACCGUUAAAUAUGGAUUUUUAAAGCUAUAACUGAAGAAAAAUGUGCGGAUCAACAGAAGGAUUUAAUGGGUUUAGCUUGUAUCAUCGUACUGUGAACCGGCUAAGCGUCGGUUUGUAGAAUUGUGAAAAAGCAUAUAGGGGGGGAUGUGAAAUGGGAAAUACUUUUACUAACAAUCGAAGCGGAAAAUUGUACUAUCCGGACCAAUCUCGGCGGAAAACUAAGAUAGAGAACAAAGCAGAAACACAGUAUGCGUAUUAUGGCAGGAAACGAUUUACGGCUCUCCACUCAGCAAACGGCGAAGCAUUAAACAAGAUUAACGAGAAAGAAGCAUGUGAAACAUACGCAGAAAAAUAUAUAAACGGUGUGAAAUGACAAA